CACAUCAUGCAAGGCAAAUCUUUGAUCAGGAACAUAACCAAAUUGCUUUAAUUUCCUUCCCAACCUGUCCAACUUUUAAAAAAUUUUCUAACAGAGAGGGUGGGAGCUAUAAAAUAUUCAGAAAUUCAAAUCAUAUCCUGUUAAAAAGAGCAGUCCAUAUAACCACAAUGUCUCACUAAAUACCUGGUCAGCUUUCUGCACCUGUUUGCAGUUUGAAUAAAAUGUUAUCAAUGAUGCAGAGAUAAAUUCACCAAAGCAAUAUCCCAACUUAACAACGACACCUUGAACUUUUUGUUUUUCGGAGACAUUUAUUCUGGUUUGCUUUCGUUCAAAAGAAAACAAGAGAAUGAAAUGGGGUCCACAUAAUUUGGCACCGAACCCUGAGCCCCUUGCCAACUGGUAAAGAAUAUUACUUCCCCCCGUGAACAACUAAAAUGAACCAAGCAUCUGGGUUCUUGAGGCUUGCCUCGAGAAUGAAGUAUGAUCACCUUUAUGCCCCACAGAAGCCUUUAGAACCAACACCCUUAACAAGCAAAGAACCUGAAGCUCGCUCGCUCCUUGAUGCAAUGCCAUUUAUAAGACCCAUCCCCUGGCACAAAACACAUGUACCUGAUAAUUAGCCUUUCCUGCAUUACACUUUUAGUCUUGAAAAAAACUCCUAAUUCUUUCCUCUUUCCACAGCUUUUUCAUCAUUAAUCAUAUCUUCUAGUACAGAAAAUAAUGGCCAAUAGCCAGCUGAAGCCUGUUGCCUCUCUGCUUCUGGUCUUGAAUUUCUGCAUAUAUGUCAUAAUCUUAGGCAUUGGCGGUUGGGCUAUGAAUAGAGCUAUUGAUCAUGGUUUCAUCAUAGGACCUGGAUUUGACCUUCCGGCGCAUUUCUCGCCUAUAUACUUCCCAAUGGGAAAUGCUGCCACCGGAUUCUUUGUCACAUUUGCUUUGAUCGCUGGAGUUGUUGGUGUUGCUUCAGCAUUAGCUGGUAUUAACCACAUCCGUUCUUGGAAUGCUGAUAGCUUGCCAGCUGCUGCCUCGGUUGCCACCAUUGCUUGGAGUCUCACUCUUCUCGCCAUGGGGUUUGGCUGCAAAGAGAUUGAACUCCAUAACAGGAAUGCCCGUCUGAGAACCAUGGAAGCAUUUCUGAUAAUCCUUUCAGCUACACAGCUUCUGUACAUAGGAGCCAUUCAUGGUGCCUCAGCAAUCAGGGGAACAACAUGAAAGUUUGAGUCCCCUGAUGCAUGUACGCACGAUGUGUUGCCAAAAUUUUUCUUUUUCUUUUUUUUAUUUUAAUUUUUUUUCCCUCUCUACCCUCGUGAGAAGUACAAGAAUAGCCAAGGGUAUCGGUAUACUAUGGAUAGAUGGUGUGAUUUGAAUUGGUAUUAAUCAU